GGCUGCAGCGGCGCGCACCGAGCGCUGCGAUGGGGCUGGAAACCGAGAAGGCGGAUGUCCAGCUCUUCAUGGACGACGACGCCUACAGCCGCCACAGCGGCGUUGACUACGCCGACCCGGAGAAGUUCGGGGGGUCAGGCCCUGACCGGGAUCCCCACCGGCUCAACUCACAUCUCCAGCUGGGCUUUGAGGAUGUGGUUGCCGAACCGGUGUCUACGCACUCCUUUGACAAAGUGUGGAUCUGCAGCCAUGCCCUCUUUGAGAUCAGCAAGUACGUGGUCUACAAGUUCCUGACGGUGUUCCUAGCCAUCCCCCUGGCCUUCGCUGCAGGAAUUCUCUUUGCCACCCUCAGCUGUCUGCACAUCUGGAUUAUAAUGCCUUUUGUAAAGACCUGCCUAAUGGUCCUGCCUUCAGUGCAGACAGUAUGGAAGACUGUGACAGAUGUUGUCAUUGCGCCAUUGUGUGCAAGCGUAGGACGAAGCUUCUCUUCUGUCAGCCUGCAGCUGAGCCACGAUUGAACACUUGGACACCAGGUCUGGAGAUUUAGAGACUGUUAAUACUUCUUGAUGGUUAUAACACAGAAGCAUUACUGCUCUGUUCAUUUCUCAUCUCUUCUAAGUAAGAAAACUGUUCAGAUGGGCAACCACAUUUAGAAAUGUUUAUUGGCAGGUCUUUUCAAUUGAUGCUUUUAUAAUUAAUAGCCAAGGAUUUCCUAUCCAACUUUACAGCCAGAAUUAUACAGUAGGUUGGCAACACUUUCAUGUUAAAGGCAGUUUCUGCUUUAAUACAAAAGUAUUAAAAAAUAAAAAUAUAAAUUUUAUAGUGAUGAAUUUAUAAUGCUCAAGGGACAUUUCUCUCAAAAUACUACAACAGUUUUGUGCACAACUGCUAAUGAAAAUAUGGGAUUUAUUACUUUUUUUUUUAACUCAUGGAGUAUUACUUUUUAAAUUGCCUUUACAGAUACAUUUUUGAGAAUAAUUAGAGAUAGGCCAUAUAAAGACUCUAGAAAUAGUAACAGAAGAAUAUGGUGGUGACACUAGCUAUCAAGUAUAAUAAAAUGAAUAAAUAUGAAAAUGUAUUCCUUUAAAUAAGGUAUUGUUAACCUAUAGGGCUAUUUAACAAGAUUUUUCAUUUUACUGUAUAUUUUGUACUUAAUGUAAAUGUUGCUCUAAUCAGAUUGCUUUAAAGCACUUUUAUUAUAUUUGUAAUUUUGUUGAACUAAUAUAUACAAUGAGUAAAUGUAUCUCCCGCAAGGAACUUCAUCGAUGAGAUUGCACUGCCUUGAUUGUAUAAGCAUAUAUAUAUUAUUUUGGAAUAGAAUGUAAAAGACCCAAAUACAAUGCUUUCCUUUGUAACUUUUCCAAGCAAAAUCUUCAAAGUUUUAUGAAUGAUAUGUAUCUGGCCACAAUCGUAAAAUAAUCCAUAUCUAAUCAGUAUUUUGUCGUCCAGGAGAUACUUUCUGUCUUGUAGUUAGAAAUUAAACCUGUAUUCUAUGUCCUAUUAAUGUUUCACUUCACCUUCAAGUAAUUUUGGUGCUAUUUGAUAACAUUUCCCAAUAAAGGCUACUUCUAGCAGUUAGUACAAUUUAAGAUACAACCAGACACUGAGAGUUGUUAACUUAUUAGAUCCAUGCUACUGAGCUACACGCAUAAAUUAAAAACUGACAGCUACAAACCUUUAAGAUGUUAUAUAAUACUACAAACUGUUAUCAUGUUGUAUAAUAUGACUUUUGUAACACAGUGUAAAAUUAUUCUUAUCAUUUUUGAACUGCAAGGUCCUAUUUCAGUGUUAUAAUUCACUGUUGCUUUAAAAAGGCUUAUUAUUUCAAAAUGAUAGGCAUGUACAAAAAAAUGUCUAUGAGGCAUGUGAGUGGCUUUUAAACAAACAUUCUAUAAUAUACACCUCUUAAAAGUGUGUACCUUAAAAAAAAAAAAUAAGUGCUCAAAUUUUGGAACCUGAGUUAACGUUCCUUUGGAAUAUCUUCAUAGGUAAGAAAUCUUCAUCCAAUGAAGAUUAAUUUGAUUUUUCAAAAUAGCCACAACUGGUCAGUAUAAAAAAGAUGAUUAAACUAGAAUACUACUGGGGACCAAAGCAUGCAAAUGAUUACAUUAUGAAACUUGUAUCGCUUUGAAGGUAGUUAUGAGAGACUUUUUAAAACUGCCUUAGGCCACUGUAGCAUCCUUGAAAAGACACUCAAGAUCAUUACCUAUUGUUAUAGCAAUACCACUCAUUUGGCUGCAUAGAUUCUGUUAUGUUAAUUUAACAAGUCAACCAGUCUCGUGACUGUAUAGUUACAGCUUGUAUUUAAAAUGGUUUAUAAAAAUGUUUAGAUGUAUUGAUUGGCCAAAAGUAUUUGAUGAAUCAAAUAUCUGCUUUAAUAAAUCAUGAACUUUUAUCUUUUCAAAUAGCCACUGGCAAGUUUUAAAACCUAAGUAGGCUCACAUAUAACAAAAGGUACCAUUUAACAUUACAUAUGAUUUCCUUACUUCUUACUUCCAAAAUGUGUUUUUAUUGAGAUUUGCUAAUAACUGUUUUAUUUCAAAGACUCAAAUUUUGUACCAGGUGGAUCCAGGUUUCAUGUUGGUUCUUUUUACUAUUUGUGGGGAGAGGGAGGUAAUGAGGAAACUUCCUCAGUAUACAUAAUAAACUUCCUGAAAACACAUAAGAUGUGUUGAAUGCUUUUAUUUCAUUAAUAUGUAACUGAUCAAUAAGAACCUUUUCAAUCUAGUGUUUACCUUAUUUAAAACUCCUAAUACAUAAUAAAUACAUGAGUAAA